GAUCGGUUCGUUCCAAAAAAAAAUCUCAAAAAAUUAUGGUCGUUGUUGAUCGCGAAAAAUGGACUUCGAAAGCGGAAUUCAUUCUCUCGUCGCUCGGAUACUGCGUUGGCAUGGGGAACGUUUGGCGCUUCCCGUAUCUCUGUUAUCGCGGCGGCGGCGGAGCCUUUCUCGUCCCGUACUUGUCGAUGCUCUUCUUUUGCGGCGUCCCCUUGUACCUGCUUGAAACCAGUUUGGGACAAUUUUCGAGUCUCAGUGCGAUGUCGAUCUUCAAAACGAUGGCGCCCGCUCUCAAGGGCUGCGGAUACGCGAUUUUGAUCGUCAAUUUCAUCGUCACGAUGCAAUAUAAUCUUUUAAUCGCUUAUCCGAUUCUCUUUUUGUGGGAAUGCUUCAAAAAUGCCGUUCCGUGGAAAUCUUGCGGAAAUUCUUGGAAUACGGAAAAAUGCGUCGUUGUGAAUCAGGAAAAUGCGUCGAGCAUCUUUGCGUUAAACGAGAAUUUGACACAAGCGGAAAAGUACAAAACAGCUGCCGAUGAAUUUUUUCACAAUCAAAUUUUGGAUAUUUCUGCGGAUCCGAAUAUCGUCGGAGAUUUGAAUUGGCCUGUGUUGGUUGUAAAUAUGCUUUCGUGGAUUGUUCUCUUUUUAUGCGUCAUCAAAGGAGUGAAAAGUGUCGGAAAAGUCGUUUAUAUUUCAGCAACUUUCCCUUAUUUGAUUUUGUCAAUUUUGUUUAUUCGAGGCAUUACGUUGCCCGGAGCAUGGGAAGGAAUUAAAUUUUAUAUCGUGCCUCAAUGGGAUAAAUUACUCAAUUUGGAGGUUUGGGCUGACGCUGCUUGUCAAAUAUUCUUCAGCAUCGGACCUGGUUGGGGAGGAAUAAUCAACAUGGCAUCAUACAACAAAUUUGAUAACAACUUAAAAACUGACUCAACUUUUUUGCCCAUUGUGAAUUGCGGAACGAGUAUAUUUGCGGGUUUUGUUGUUUUUUCGGUAUUAGGCUAUUUGUCGGAUCGCACGGGACUUCCAAUUGAAAAUGUCGCUACGGGUGGUCCGUCAUUGGCAUUUGUGAUGUAUCCUGAAGCGAUUGCUUUGUUGCCGUACGCGAACUUUUUCGCUAUUUCUUUCUUUUUGAUGUUGUACUCGUUGGGAUUGGACUCUUGUUUCGUUCAAAUCGAGACAAUUAUCACCUGCAUCACAGACGAAUGGCCCAAUUUGCGUAAAAAUAAACACAUUGUGGCUUUUGUAACAGUUUUUCUCAUGGCAGUCGGCUCCCUGAUGUUCGUCUUCCAAAAUGGCAUGUACCUGAUCCAAGUCAUCGAUUGGUAUUCGUCGCCGCUCACGAUAAUUCUCGUUUGUUUCUGCGAGAUUGUCAUGGUGAGUUAUUGCUACGGACUCGGAAACAUUGUGCGCGACAUCGAGUACAUGUUGGGCAUUCGUUUGAGCAUUUGGUGGAAAAUUUGUUGGAAAAUCGUGAAUCCGUUGGUUUUAAUUUUCAUUUUUGCGACAGUUUUGAAGUAUAACACGAAAGUGACUUAUAACGGAGUUGAUUUUCCUGAUUGGGCGAUCGCUUUGGGAUGGAUGAGCAGUAUGAUGUCACUUUUAGUCAUUCCGGGAUAUUUUGUCUAUAAAAUAUGGACAACGAAGGGAUCUUUCAUUAAGCGAUCAACAAUGUGUCUUAUGGCUCACGAUUGGGGUCCUGCUGAUCCAAUAACUCGACGAGAAUAUCAAGCUUAUAAAAAUAAAAUUAUUUAAGAAUAUUUUUUAAAUAUUUGUUUUACUUUUACAUCUGAAAAUUAAAUUUUUUAUAAUAAUAAUAAAAAUUUUCAAACCUUUUUA